UGAAUCCAGCAAACAGGAGGGAAGGAGAGCGGCCUCCAGAUGGUAGAGGAAUUCCUCACUCUGGGAGACUGGACUACGCUGCAGCUACUCAUCCUGUGGUUCCCUCCAAUCAUGGCUUCGUACAGUCCGUCCUUAACUCUCAUGUCAGACCUCAGGAAUUCCAUGGUAAUGCAGCAGGGCCUAGGCCAGCCAGACCCCAGACAGCUAACACUGCUGCUCCAAGACAGGAGGGACAGUACCAACGUCUUCGGGUUGAUGAUGCGCUCUGGUAUUUGGACCAAGUCAAGGCCCAGUUUGGGGAUCAGCCACACGUUUACAACAACUUCCUGGACAUUAUGAAGGAGUUCAAGUCUCAGAGCAUUGAUACGCCAGGAGUAAUAACACGAGUCUCCAACCUCUUCCGAGGAAGACCGGAACUGAUAUCGGGUUUCAAUACUUUCCUACCUCCUGGAUAUAAGAUCGAAGUGCAGCCAGCUACCGGUGCUGGUAGUAACAGUCACGCUUUUAAUGUUACCCUCAAUAUUUCCUCAAAUGGUGGUCCCAAUGGACAACCAAACAGAGUGUCGACGUAUCACAUAAUAAGUGACCGGCAGACAGUGCCCUCUACAACCCCCAUCACACGCCCUGCGCCCCGACCUGAGCUCCAGCAGACCUCCACUACACCCCAGACUGUACAACAGUUGUCUGCUCCCGUACUGCCACAACCUCCUAAACCGCUACCUCCCCCUCCCAAACCUCAAGGUUCUGCAAACGGGCUUCCAGCCCAGCCUGAAUUCAACCAAGCAAUCAGUUACGUCAACAAGAUAAAAACACGGUUCCAGACCGAACCUGAGGUUUACAAGACGUUUAUGGAGAUUUUACACACGUUCCAGAAGGAUCAGAAGACGGUGAAGGACACUACACAACAUGGCCCAAUGUGUGAAACUGAGGUGUUUGACAAAGUUAGAGUCCUGUUCAAGGACCAGCCUGAUCUGCUCAAGGACUUCUCCCAGUUCCUCCCUGAAGCGCACGUGGUAGCUGCUCACCUCCAGCAGGAACACACUAAACAGAUGAGCAUACAGUCCACAAACGGUCCUGAAACCAAGCACAGUGCAGGACCUCCCCCUCUCAAGCGAGCUGCUCCUGGUGCAGCGCCAGCCCAGACUUUGCCAAACGAAGCUGCAAAACAGCUACCACGACUUCACAUCGGUAAGAUAGAGAAGGAAGCCGAGGUUAAAGACGAGAAGAUAGUGAUUUAUUCUGAGCAGGAUUUCUUUGAUAGAGUAAAGAAGGCUCUGAAGAGUCAGGAGGUGUACGAGAACUUUCUGAGAUGCUUGGUGUUAUACACAGAAGAAACUCUCAACGCUACAGACAUAGUCCACAUAGUGGUGCACUUUAUCGGUAAAUUUCCGGAGCUCUUCGCCUGGUUUAAGAACUAUGUGGGUUACAAAGAUGCAGUUCCCACUGAUCAGGGUCGUAAAAACAGGGUAGGGGAGCUCGAGAUCAACUACGCGUCGUGUAAGCGGUACGGUGCUUCGUACCGAGCACAUCCUCCUAAUUACAUUCCUCCUAAAUGUAUGGGCAGAACUGAACUGUGCAAACAGGUUCUGAACGACACCUGGAGAUCCUACCCCUGCUGGUCUGAAGACAGCACCUUCUCAGGAGCUAAGAAGUCUACGUACGAGGAGUAUAUUAACAAGUGUGAUGAUGAGAGAUUCGAGCUGGAUGUGGUGAUUGAAACCAAUCUAGCGUGCAUUAAACAGCUGGAGGCUGUUCAGAAGAAAAUGGCAAAACUCACUCCUGAUGAAGUGGCCAGGUUUAGGCUCGAUAACAAACUAGGAGGAACUUCUGAAGUUAUUGGGAGGAAAGCGAUAAAGCGGAUAUACGGAGACAAACACGGUGGUAUUAUAGACGGGCUGAAGAAAUCGCCACAAGCUGUUAUUCCUAUUGUUCUCAAAAGGUUGAAGAGUAAAGACGAGGAGUGGUGUGAAGCAAGACGGCAGUUCAGUAAGAUUUGGAACGAACAGUGUAAAAAGUACCACCUCAAAUCACUGGACCAUCAGAGUGUCACAUUCAAGCAGACUGAUAUCAAGUCGAUCAGACCUAAAAACCUUGUCACGGAGAUAGAGACGCUUUAUGACGAGCGAAUGGAACAAGUAACAGAUCAAAGUAAAACGGUCACCGGCCCACAUAUCACCAUCACCCACAAAGAUCAUCAUAUUCUAGAGGACGCUCGAGCACUGAUCAUACAUCACCUGCGUAGACAAAGUCAUCUACAAAACGAGGAGAAAGCGAAAGUGAAACUCUUUUUGAACGGAUUCUUACAAGAUUUCUUCUUUGCUCCUAGAGGAGAUGUUAGUGAUGACGACCAUGAUACCGACGAGGAUUCCUCAGAAGAGGAUGACGAGACGAGGUCACGUGGGUCUCGGGCCUCCAACAAGGGGGGAACUCGCAGGUCCAGCAGAAAAGCAGACAGACCAGCUAAAUCAGUUAAACUGACGCCGGGAGACAGUGAUGCUCCCGACGCCUACAACUUGUUUUUCACGAACGACCAAUGGUACGCCUUUCUCAGACAGCAUCAAAUUUUGUGCGAAAGAUUGUUCCAAAUCUACACAUACAACACAGCUGUAGUGGAGCAGGAAUUGAAAGACAGGAAGAACCGAAAAGAACCAACUGCUCAAGCCAUCAAAAUGCGGCAACCAAAUCCUAUGCCAGUGGAGCACUACUACACACACUUUCUGUCCCUUGUUAAAGAUCUGUUGGAUUGUAAUGUAGAGCCAGCUGUCUACGAGGAUAAACUGCGUGAAAUGUUUGGUGUUAAUUCCUACAUUGCCUUUACUCUCGACAAACUCAUUACAAACAUCGUCAGACAGAGCCACACACUUGCAACAGACACCAUGUGUAACCAGAUAAAGAGCAGUUACUUGAAACAGAGAGCAUUAGGAGGAGCUGGGGGCAGCCUUUCUACUCAGCUUACUCGGGCAACUGUGGAGAGCAACUACUUGAAGGACGCUGAACAACUCCUGUCUGAGCACAACCUCUACAAAAUACAUUUUUAUAAACAAGGAUCGAAGUUGACUAUUGAGUUAUUGGACGGGGAGCAGACAGAUGAAACUGAAACUGAGCAAGAAACGGCUCGAACGGAGGAACCUCUACAGAUCGUUGCUAGUAUUGAAAAAGGCGAAUCCAUGGACACAUCCACUUCUUAGUGCACAACAGCAAGCACUUUGCCUACAACAACAAACUUUCUCAACCAUCUGGCAGACUUGCCAACCCUAAUCCAAUGAUGAUUCUAUGGGAUGAUUCAGUCCCUGAUUAUGCUGAUUGUGGCUGAGCUCAGAACUUAUUGUCCGUGCGCUAAUCGAAACCUUGCCCUUGCUUCCCCUGCUGAUAAUGAAUCAAUGAAUGCUGUUUGUCAUUUCCGGUGCUUUUUGCUCAUCCACUUUAUAGUUGUUAACAGAGAGAACAGCUAUAUAAUAGAUAAAGAAACACUAUGGAGCUUGCUUCUUUCGCUUGUGCAUGUCACCACCGACUAACAAUAUUUUUGCUGGCUAUGUUCCAUAAUGUUUCACACAGAUAUUUUAACAUCUCAAGAAUAAAUAUUGAUCGUUGAUGGAUCACAACAUACAUCGUGAAUCAUAUUCCUGGCUGAACUAUUUUCAAUAUCGUGCCAUUCAUCGGUUUACAGGAGUUUGGUAAUUUGACAAUUCUAAAUUUGUUGACACAUAUUGAAAAAUGAAAAUAUUUCAUAUGCAUUUAGCAUUUUGGUUCAACGAAAACGAUAAGCUUUAUGCGUCCAAAUGGUAGUAACAAUUUUUCAAACUUCAGCUCGUUUGGGUAAAUUCGUUAAAUGUUUCCUCAAGCAGGCCAACACGCAAGGGGUCCUGGGUCAAGUACGAACAUCGUGCUUGCCAUGACUAUUCUUAAAAAUUGAAAUUGUAUUUUAAUGUUGACAAUUUUAUUUUAUCAAAA